GAAAUGCCUCAACUUGAUAAAUUAACUUAUUUCUCACAAUUUUUCUGGUUAUGUCUUCUCCUCUUUACUUUUUAUAUUCUCUUAUUUAAUAAUAAUAAUGGAAUACUUGGAAUUAGUAGAAUUCUCAAACUAGGGAACCAACUGCUUUCGCGCCGGGGGGGCGAGAUCCAGAGCAAGGACCCUAAGAAUCUGGAAGAUAUCUUGAGAAAAGGUUUUAGCACCGGUCUCUCAUAUAUGUACUCCAGUUUAUCCGAAGUAUCCCAAUGGUGUAAGACCGUCGACUAUUUGGGAAAAAGGAGGAAAAUCACUCUGAUCUCUGAUUUCGGAGAAAUAAGUGGCUCACGAGGAAUGGAGAGACAGAUUCUCUAUUUGAUCUCGAAGUCCUCAUAUAACACUUCUUCCAGUCGGAUCACUUGUUGGAAAAACAUAAUGCUCACACAUGUUCCACACGGGCAAGGAAGCAUAGUAUUAUGAUGAAAAUGAAUGGAAUACUCGGCAGAAUAGGAAUAUUCCUAUUAAUGAUUGUGACAACUUUUAUAGGAUACGUACCACCUUGGGGUCAGAUGAGCUUUUGGGGAGCAACAAUAAUUACAAGCUUAGCUAGCUCCAUACCAGUAGUAGGAGAUACCAUAGUGACUUGGCUUUGGGGUGGUUUCUCCGUGGACAAUGCCACCUUAAAUCGUUUUUUUAGUCUCCAUCAUUUACUCGCCCUUGUUCUUCCUUUUGAUUUAAACGUUC